CCUGGCUGUACUAAGGGGAAAGUUAAGCAACAAAUGUGUUUAUGGAGAUACCUGGUAUAUAAGAGGGACUGAUCCCCCCUGACAGUCAGUGACGGUCACAAUGAAGUUCCUGAUCUUGGCUUUGUUUGUUGCUGGUGCCUACGGUUGUGGCCUGCCCACAUACCCCCCUGUUGUUACAAGGGUGGUUGGUGGAGAAGAUGUGCGUGCGCACAGCUGGCCCUGGCAGGUGUCUCUGCAGUACCUGAGUGGUAACACUUACUACCACACCUGUGGUGGUACUCUGAUCGCCAACCAGUGGGUCCUCACGGCUGCUCACUGCAUCGGAAGUCGCACGUACAGAGUGUACAUUGGAAAACACGACCUGACCGCCAACAACGAGGCUGGCUCCAUCGCCAUCAGCCCCGAGAGGAUCAUCGUCCACGAGAACUGGGACUCUUACAACAUCAGAAAUGACAUUGCCUUGAUCAAACUGUCAACUCCAGUCACCUUCUCCAACACCAUCACGCCUGCCUGCCUGCCAAACUCUGGUGAAAUUCUGGAUGACGGCGCUCCCUGCUAUGUCACCGGCUGGGGACGUCUCUGGACUGGAGGCCCCAUUGCUGAUAUCCUGCAGCAGGCCCUCCUCCCAGUGGUUGGACACUCCACCUGCACCAGGCCUGACUGGUGGGGCACUCUCGUCACCACGAACAUGAUCUGUGCCGGAGGAGACGGCGAGCUGGCCAGCUGCAACGGAGACUCUGGCGGACCCCUGAACUGUCGCAAUGCUGACGGCUCCUGGGAUGUCCACGGAAUUGUGAGCUUUGGCUCCAGCCUGGGAUGCAACUACCCCAAGAAGCCCUCUGUCUUCACCAGAGUCAGCGGCUACAUCAGCUGGAUCAACAAUGUGAUGACCUCAUAUUAAGAUGGAUUUGUUUUUGCUUGUCCUGCAUCGCUGAUCAUUGCACUUGACUAUUCAAUAAACAGUCCAUGAAUUCA